GGUUCUAAGGAGAUCUCUACGAUUGUACUCAAGUUUCCAGGUUUGUUUUUGUUUCACAUGUUAUGCUCCAUAUUGUCGUCAUGUGAUAAGAAUUCUGGUUGUGGAAGCUGUGUUGACCAAGCUGCUAGACACACUGACAGUGUAAGACGAGGCUGGUAAUGGUGGGAUGAUGGACGCAUCAGUGUUCACCAUCAAGUUUGUGUGAGGAUCUUCAGCACUAAAGUUGAAAUGAACAGGAGAUAUGGCGGAGACAGACCAUGGCGAGUUGUUGACGAAGUUUGAGGAAAUAUUUGGAACAGUUGUUGAGCAUGAAGUCAUUAAAAUGAUACUUCAGUCAUGUGGAUGGGAGUCCAAAAGUGCUUCUGAAAUGUUACUAGCAAUGAUAGAUCCCAAGGACUUGCCUCUUCAUGCGCAGAAUAUACUGCUUGCUGAUUCCAUUGUCCAGAACUCUGCAAAGCAAUUAAGUGAUAAAUUAUCUUCGGAUGACAGCAGUUUAGUUCAGACAUUAAAUGUUACCUCUGGGCAACUAGAAAAAGACUUGAUAAAUCAUACUAAUAGACCUAGAAGUCCAGUAAGCAAUGAAAACGAGUUUAGUAUUUUAAAUCCAUCUUUGGCCUCUGGUACAGUGUUACAUCCUAGAAAUGGUAAUGCCAGAGUUUUUCGAGAAGAUGACAAUGCUGCUGCUGUCAUAAGAACUGAAACAGAAAUUUCAUCACCACAUAACAGCUUUGGAGGAAUAGGGAGUGGGUCCUCUUCACCACUUUCUCCUCAUAGAUUUGGAUUUGCAGUUGAUUUUGAAAUUAAUAGAGAACGUGAUACUUCUAAUUGGGUUUUAGCCCCAGAAUUUGUGCCUAAUGCUUUUAACCCAAAUCCUUCAGCUAACAAUAAUGGUAUCUGGCCUUUAGAAAUGAGCCAUUUCUUGAUGCAAACUCCUCAGAAUCCUAAAGGUAAAUCAAAAGUAAAAGAUAAUGUCAGUAAAAAGGAUGACAUUGUUAAAAAAAUUUUAAUAGGUACAAAAAUUAUGGUUCUUAUGCGAGGAUUGCCUGGUUCUGGAAAAUCGACAUUGGCCAAAGAAAUAAAAGGCAAGAAUGGUGUUAUUUUAUCCACAGAUGAUUUUUUUUUCAGCAAAAAGGGUAAAUAUAAUUAUGAUCCAUCCCGGAUUAGUGAAGCACACCAGUGGAACAAACAUAGAGCAGCUCAGAGACUACAGGAUGGUAAAACUCCUAUAAUAAUUGACAAUACAAACUUACAGGCAUGGGAAAUGAAGCCUUAUGUUAAACUAGCACUACAGUAUGGCUAUGAAGUAGAUAUAUUGGAUGCAGAUGCUCCAUGGAAGAAUAACCUGAAAGAACUUGCCAAAAGAAAUACACAUGGUGUUCCAAAGAGUAAAAUUUUAGAGAUGAAAGGAAGAUAUGAAAGAGAAAUAAACAUUGAACAUAUUAUUGCUGACCUACGAGGAUUCCAAAUAAACAAGCAAAAGUCAGCAGAUAAAGAUCCUUUAGUUUAUGAAUUUAAGUCAGAGGAGGAUGACCAGACUUUAUUCCAGCAAAAUAUUAAUGGUGGACAAAUAACUGAGAAUGCAUUCUCCAAAUUCCAGGAUGAUUUUCAGAAGAUUGAGGAUUGGAGUUCUGAUGCAGAUGAUGAUGAUGAUGAUGUUGAUGUAAUAAUUGAGGGUUAUGAUUCUGAGGAGGAAAAAGCUGAUUGUGUUGGUAAUUUAGAUACCGAUGGAAAAACUGAAGUUUCAGAGGCAAUGUCUGGCAAUGAAAUACAGGCAGACAGUAAGUUAGAUGAAGGAAAAUUUAGUUCACAUGUUUGUGGAAUUGCCACACAAGGCAAGAUAAAAAAUAUACAAGAUAAAAGAUUGUACCAAAGUGGAGAAAGCAUGAAAAUCUCUAUUAAAAAUGAAGACAUGGAGUGGGCUGAUGUAUCUGAUGAAGAGAAAAUACAAAGAUUAAUUGAAGAAGCUAAUGCUGAUAUUGAUAUUGCACAAAGUGAGAGAGACUGGUUUGAUUUAACCUCUCAGAGUAAUGAAGAGGAGGAUGUAAGUGACCAGAAAUUUAGUGAUUUAGUUAUGAGCUUUGGAUCCAUUGUAAGAGCACAGAUAGAGAAAAGUGCCAGUGGAAUUAGCACAGGAGCAGAGAUAGGUACUGCAACUUUUCAGACAGCAGACACACUUAAUGAAGAUUUGGCCAUGUAUGAAUUGUGUAGUAAUGUGGAAGAAAAAACUGGCAAGUCUCUCUCAAUGCUUCUAACAAGGUCAGGGGAAAAUGAAGCCAUGAAUUUUCUGUCAUUGAAUAGUAGCUAUGAUUUUUCAAAAAAUCAGGAAAAUGAAGCAGACAGUUUGUUUUCAUUUAUAAGUUUAAGAGAAGCAACAUCAAAUGUAAUGAAUGAUAUUAGUGUUAAGAACAAUGAUGUAGGAGUGAUAGAAAGUGCUAUUAAUGAUGGCAAGAACAAUGAUGUAAGAGUGAUAGAAAGUGCUGUUACUGAUGGUAAGAACAAUGAUGUAGAAAUGAUAGAAAGUGCUGUUAAUGAUGGCAAGAAUAAUGAUGUAGGAGUGAUAGAAAGUGCUGUUAAUGAUGGCAAGAAUGAUGAUGUAGGAGUGAUAGAAAGUGCUGUUAAUGAUGGCAAGAAUAAUGAUGUAGGAGUGAUAGAAAGUGCUGUUAAUGAUGGCAAGAAUAAUGAUGUAGGAGUGAUAGAAAGUGCUGUUAAUGAUGGCAAGAACAAUGAUGUAGGAGUGAUAGGAAGUGCUGUUAAUGAUGGCAUCAAACUUGGUAGCUUUAUUGAUAACAAUGAUGUCUCGUCUAAUACCCGUUUGGAAUCUGAAAACCACAAGAUUGUAAUGCUUGAGAAAAAUUAUGAUAAUUCUGAAGCGGAUUUUCAAAAGCACACAAGUGAUGAGGCUGUUGAAGACUUGGAAAGCAAUGAUAGACAUAUAAGUGAUAAAAUAUUGAUGGAAGGCAAGAUUUUGGAAACAAAUGAUGCUGUUAUUAAUGAAGAAAAUAUACUACUCAUUCGCACUGUUGUCUCUGAAAAUAAUAAACUUGAGGAUUUUAUCAGCAAGACUAUAAAUUCUCCUCAGGAUAUCGGCUAUCAUUAUUCAGUUGCAGAUAGCUUAGCAUCUUGGGAGUGUGUAGAUACAUUUGCAGGAGAAAGUUCUGUGAACUGGGAUUCUUCUGAGAAAGUUGAAACUAAUAAAUCAGUGUCACAGUCUUCUAAGCCAAGUAGAAGCAGACGUAAGAGAAUAUCAGGUGAUCCCGACAGGUGGUUAGGUGAUACUAAUGAAGAGACAAACAAAGUAGAGGAUCCUUCCAUAGUAUCUUGGAAACCUGUACAAAGUGGUAUACCGUCAUGGGACAGUAAUAACUCGCCUAUAUUAUCUGACUCUGACAGACCCCUAAAGCAAGAGAUUCAAGAAAUAAAAAGUGAAAAUUCUCUCAAACCACAGCCUCACACUGGUGCUGUACCAAAGUUUAGGAGACACAAGCAGCAUGCCAGAACACUUUCAGCAGCUAGUACCAGCUCUGGUAAUUCUGAUGAUCAGACAUCAAAUGAUACAACCAGUUAUCCUUUACCAUGCAUUGAAAAGAGCUUACAUGAUGCUGAAAAAAGCUCUAGAAUUAAAUACAUCCCUGCAGAAACUCAGACACUGUCAAUUGACUUUGAAGCUCUACAGCUAGAUAACAAUCUUUAUGAGCUAAAGAUAAUGUAUGGUCAGCCAGGUUAUAUUACUAAGUAUGACAGUGAUGUUCUUCCUGAUAGUGGACCAUUAACCAGGGGAAAACUUUAUCUUGACAAAAGUACUAUGACAGACUAUAGUGCAGACAUUACUAUGGUUGAAUCCUAUAGAAAUCUUGUAGCAUUCUUCCCUAACAUUUCAGAAGAUGACCUUCAAGAUGUAUUAGAGAAAUGCAUGUAUAACCUAGAUUGGGCUAUGAAUGUUUUAUUAGAUGGUGGUUAUGAAAUGUCAGACCCUGCUGAUGCAAGCAUUAGCUAUGAAGAGCCUAAGGAAGUAGAUAUAGACACAGAAUCAACAACAGAAACAACAAGUACAGGAGAUGGUAGGGAAGAUCCUUCAUCGUUUGCUGAUGCAAGUGAUAUUUCAUCAGAUGUAUAUGUUGAAGAGAAAUCUAGAAAAUUUAAGCAGAGCCAACAACCAAAGGACUUGGCUAGCAAAAAAGCAAUUGAACAAGCUUUCACUUUUAAUGAUUCUGUUGAUGACAGAGUUACAAGGCUAACUGGUAAAGAUGUUAGUGAGCUCAAUAUGAUGAGAGUAAAGGAAAUGAAAGCAAAAAGGAAACAAGGAGAGAGGAAAAUUGCAUCAAAUAGAAAUGAAAAACCAAUUGAAGAGAGUACCAGUGGAGAUGAUGCAGAAGGAGCACAAUACAUAACAUUAGUGAUGGAUCCCCUCUUUGCUUCUCAACUUACGAGAAUGUUUGGUCCUGUUGGUGCCUGUGAGAUUAGCGGUGAACUAACCCCAGAGGACCGGAGUGUUAUUCUCCCAUUAGAAUUUUGCCUCAUGAUACAUAAAUAUUGGACUCUUACUCUAGAUGGUAAAUUCAAGCAUGAAACAGAAGUUUUAGACAGCCUUAUCCGUGAAGAUGAAAGUCUUGCUCGUCGUUUACAAGAAGAAGAAGAGGUAAGCUUAAGAAAUGGAAAAAAUGAAAAAAUGGAGGAAGUUUUCCAAAAUGACCCACCUUCUCAAUUCAAGGAAAUUAUGGAUUUAGAGCAGGCACUACAACACAGCCAUGAAGACAGCCAAUCUUCUGAUUGUCUCACAAUGUCCUCUCAUCUUACUUUACAGCGUUUAUAUGCAGAAUACCCUAAAGUUGAUCCUAAUGCUUUGAAGGAGGAAUUUGCAAGAAGUGGCUUUAGUUAUCAGGAUACCGUAGAAAAACUUUAUAGACAAUAUGGUACUGAACACGGAACCCCCAAAACUGUAAUUGCUCCAGAAGCUUUGUACAGAUACGAGCAGCAAAUGAUCCGACAAGCACAACGUGAUAGCUUGGCUCAGCAAGAGAUAGAGGACUUGCUAACUACCCAGGAAAAUGAAGAUGAGCUAUUUCCAGAUGAUCCACAGGUGUAUCGAAAUGAAGCUCAGUUACAUUACCAUCAGCGUCAAGAGGCAUUCAAAAAGGCACAGGAAGCGUCAAGUCAGGGAAUGAAAGCAGUGGCAGCAUACUAUGCUCGUUUAGGAAACUUACACUCAACCAAGUUAGGUGAGGCCAAUCAGCGAGCAUCCAAGAAAAUAUUGGAAGCAACUAAUGCUAAUAGAACAGAUGCAAAUUGCUUGGACUUGCACCUUUUGCAUGUUCCUGAAGCACUGAGUGCAGCCCAAGCAUUCCUUAAAGAGAGACAGCGGGUCCUAACAGCUCGAGGGAUAAAGCAGAUGCAGGUUUCUUUGAUUACAGGUCGAGGUGCACAUAGUGUUGGGGGGCAGGCAAGAUUAAAGCCAGCAAUUAAAGAAUUUCUUCAGAAAAGUAAAUUUUUGUUCCAUGAAGCAAAUAGUGGAAUGUUUACCGUUACAUUACAGUCAUAGGUUUCAGGAGGUUUAGAAAAUGCAAUAAUGGUACAUAAAUGAAGUAUUUUGAUAGACAUUCUGUAGUUUUUAUGGUUGUACAUUUGUCAUAAUAUGUAUCAUAAUUCAGUAAACUUAAGAGUUAUGCAAUGUUCAUUAAUGGUAAGAAUAUACCAGGUAAGUAUCAAGAAAGUGCUAUGUGCUUAUAAAGUUUGGUCCAGUCCUGACAUUAUCAUUGGCUUGUACAGUCUUGUUAAUAGUGUGGUUUUAAUAUUUUUAUUCACCCCCAAAUCAUUAUAUACUUUUCUCUUAUUAAUCUUAUUUUAUUGAUAGUUUAAAUCAAAAGCAUAGUAUAUAAUAUUUUAUAUGCCUUUUUAACUAUGCUUUUAUUUUAUAGUACUUGCAAUUUGAUGGUUUAAAUUGUAAUAAGUGGAAUUUUUAAUUAAAAUAUUUCCUACUCCAAUUAAAGAUAGAAAUAAAAUUAGCAGUGAUUUUUUUUUUUACAUGGACUGGUGGAAACUGAAGAUAAAGAGAUGUGGUGCUAUUAUGUGAUACAUUUAAACCUUACUUAGGCUUGAUGACUAAUGGCUAGGACAAAGUAUUCUUUUUUAACUGAUUGAAUUGGUUGAUGUUGUUUAAUUUACAUAUGGUACCUUUGUAAUAUGCAGUUUAAGCCAUUUGUAGUGGAAAGUAUAUUUUUAGAAUGACUUAUUCAUAACUUUGAAAAAACAAUUAGAAGCAGUGCUAACCUUUCUUUGGAUGUAUGGUCAGCUUCAGCAGUUGUAUAGAUUUUUAUGUAAUUCUCAUUCUGCUUUUUUCUUUCAAACAGCUGGUAAGAUUUCAUUAAUUGUUUUUAAUUUGUUAAAUGAUGGAUUGUAUAUGAUAUAGGCAGGCAUAGGAUGAAUGCAAGUAAAAGGUGUUGAAUUGUAUGUGCUGAGUGCAGGCAUUGAGUAGUAUGUGACAUAUGCAGGCAUUAAAUGGGAUGUGUAAUGCAGGUACAAUUGUUAUUAUUUUAAUUUUGUUAUGGACAAGUACUGACAUAUUUAACAGUUAAUUAUUUUUUAUGAUGUGAAUUUUAUUUACCCAGAUAUAAUUUUCUGGGCACACGAAAGACAAAUUGCGUAAUGUCUUUUCAAGGUACAAACUUUUUUUUACAAUGCAUCCUGAAGCAAUGCUUAGAAGUGAGGUUUUUGCUGUACAUGCUGCAAAUAGUACUUUUGUACUGAUAUUCUUGAACCUUAUAGCAUUGUAGUGUUCUUGGUAAAAAAAAAAAAAUUAGAAUAAAUGCAGUUGUCAGCAUUUGUCUGUGAGUAAAUAUAUUACAGUAGAUUAAAACAUUUUUAUUUUUUAACAUACCAGCUGCCCUCCAUUGAGUUAAGAUUGCUCAGAAAAUAAGAAGCUCAUUCACCAUCCUUCAUUUAGUUGCUGUCUUGCCAGAAAUGUGCUGACAUCACAGUUCAGAUGAUCCUCUGAACUGUAGCAUCUCUUUUCUCAUUUAGAGUCCAGAUACUGUACUUCUCAUCUCAAGGACUUAGGUCCAACUAGCUGGUUUCCCUUAAUCCCUUCAUAAAUGCUCCCUUGUUCACACUCCAACAAUAUGUCAAGUAAUAAAAAACAAAUUUCUCCACUCUUAAUGUGCUCAUGCAAGCCUGUUGGAUGUUGAAGCCCUAUCACUUAAAACUUGAUUUACUCCAUACAUACAUGCCGUAGCAUACUCAACCACCUACCACAUAAAAACUUCAAACCCUUAUUUUAAUAGUUUCCUCUUUCCACCCCAGAUAUAGAUACAAUAUACAAACUCUUGGUCACCUUAUCUUACUCUACCCUUUCUACAUAACUAAACCAUCUUGACCUUUAUUUUGCUUCCCUAAUUAUGCCUUUCAUAUCACCACACUUCUGAUUUCUUCCCUAUUUAUUCUCUGCAUAAUAAUCACACCAUACAUUGCUUGCCAAUGUGGCUUGUUCCUAUAUAAUUCAUACUCUCUUAAACCCCUUGUCCAAUAUAGAAGAAACACUUUCAGCAACACUCACUCCAUUACUGUCUUGCCAGAAGCAUGCCAAUACUACAGCUCAGAUAUACAUGUGCAUGAAAUAAAUAACAAAUCUCCUUGACUCAUGAAUGAAAUCACUGCUAUGUCAUCUUCCACAUUUAAUAACUUUCCAAAAUAUUCUCAUUGAUCUCUAAUAUAAUCUACCUCCUUAUCCAACAUCUAGGCACAUUUCAUGAGUUUCAAGAGUAAGUAUGAUAAUGCCCACAAGGCAAGGAACCAGUAAUGCCGGUGAUUGUAAUUUAAGACGUGAGGCCAAGAGCUGAGACUCAACCCCUGCAAAUACAGCUUGGUUAGUUCAACUCGGUGAGUACUGUUAGCUGACCAGCUCAUUGUCUCCCUAGAUUUUUCUCACAUGUUUAUUUCUCUAAAACUGGUUCUUAGAAUAUUUUGUUGAUGGAAGAUGAUUCUUGCAUUUUCUCUUCCUCUCCUUCAUCUGUUUUUUAACCUUUCCUUCUCCUUGUAUUGUAGCUUUUAUAUAUAACUUUUUACAUUGCAAAAGCCUAUCCUAUGCCAACUUUUUCUAGUGUGUUUCCUUCAAGACAGGUGCCUUGACUCAGAUUAAAAGCUCUUGAUCCAAAGAAUUGAAGUUACCAUCCCCUUCCUUGGAUUAAACCUGAUUACCUCCUUAUUCCCUGGCACUAACCCUUGUAUGUUUAACACUUCCUUAUAAAUAUAAUAAGUUAUCUUACUGCCUUUUUCACAUCAUCCCAUUAAUCAUUCCUUUUUCCUCUUACAUUCACCAUCCUAGAAUCACAAACCUUUGCUAAGCACUAGCAAUUCAUUCUUAAAUCCAUACUGUUUUGUACCUCCUAGCUCUCUUCGUUCUUUCUCUCCCUCUUUCAUGCUAUCCUCCCAACAUUUGUUCAUAUCUCUCCUUGUUUCCUUUAAUUCAUUUACUUGCACUUAUUGUUUUAUCCACUGAGACAUUUCUCAUACUGUCUUCCUAUGGUACAUAUGAUGAAAUAUUUAUUUUUUCUGGGGUGGAGUGGUAAGCCAGCAGAAGGCCUCAGUCAGUUGACCAAAAGUUCCAUUGAGCAUGUCAUCCUGUGACUAGAACCACUGCAUGAGAAAUAUUCUGAUUUUUAC